GCAUCGCUCGCGCCGCGCCGCGCCGCCCGAGCCGAGCCGAGCCUCUGCAGCCGCCGCCGCGGCCCCGCCGCCCGCCGCGGGCGCCCACCAAACACUUUGCAGACUCGCUUCCACCCUGCGGGCCAGUCCGCGCGGCGGGGCCCGGGCCCAGGGCGGCCGCGUCCGGGGACAGGCCAUGCAGUGACGCCCCCCCCAAUCCCGUCCACCUUUGCCCGGAGCGCGGGCAGUAGCCCAGCGCGCCCAGCCGGCCCCCGGGGCAGGAGCGGUGCUAGGCAGGGGUGGGGUGGCCCAGCCCGGGGACCAGGAGCCAGGGAGGGAGCCGGGCACCGAGAGAGGGCGGGGGAAGCGGCGCCGAAGUUUGCCUCGUACUCGCCGGGCGCUGCGUCGGCUCCAGUGGCCGAGGUUUAUUUUCUUGAAAAGGCUCCAGGCUUUGGCUUGGAAAAUCCAACCGCCAAAAUUGAGCCCAGCAGUUGGAGCGGCAGCGAGAGCCCUGCCGAAAACAUGGAAAGGAUGAGUGACUCUGCAGAUAAGCCGAUUGACAAUGAUGCAGAAGGGGUCUGGAGCCCCGACAUUGAGCAGAGCUUUCAGGAGGCGCUGGCUAUCUACCCGCCAUGUGGGAGGAGGAAAAUCAUCUUAUCAGACGAAGGCAAAAUGUAUGGUAGGAAUGAAUUGAUAGCCAGAUACAUCAAACUCAGGACAGGGAAGACAAGGACCAGAAAGCAGGUGUCUAGUCAUAUACAGGUCUUAGCAAGAAAGAAAGUUCGAGAAAUUCAAGCCGCCAUUAAGGUGUCUAGUCACAUUCAGGUUCUUGCCAGAAGGAAAUCUCGUGAUUUUCAUUCCAAGCUAAAGGUUACAAGCAUGGAUCAGACUGCCAAGGACAAGGCCCUGCAGCACAUGGCGGCCAUGUCAUCAGCGCAGAUCGUCUCAGCCACUGCCAUCCACAACAAGCUGGGGCUGCCUGGAAUCCCACGCCCCACCUUCCCAGGGGCUCCGGGGUUUUGGCCUGGAAUGAUACAAACUGGGCAACCAGGAUCCUCACAAGAUGUCAAGCCCUUUGUGCAGCAGGCCUACCCCAUUCAGCCAGCAGUCACAGCCCCCAUUCCAGGAUUUGAGCCUGCAUCUGCCCCAGCUCCCUCGGUCCCCGCCUGGCAGGGCCGUUCCAUUGGCACAACCAAGCUUCGCCUGGUGGAAUUUUCAGCUUUUCUCGAACAGCAGCGAGACCCAGAUUCGUACAACAAACACCUCUUCGUGCACAUUGGGCAUGCCAACCAUUCUUACAGUGACCCUUUGCUUGAAUCAGUGGACAUUCGUCAGAUUUAUGACAAAUUUCCUGAAAAGAAAGGUGGCUUAAAGGAACUAUUUGGAAAGGGGCCUCAAAAUGCCUUCUUCCUCGUAAAAUUCUGGGCCGACUUAAACUGCAAUAUUCAAGAUGAUGCCGGGGCUUUUUACGGUGUGACCAGUCAAUAUGAGAGCUCUGAAAACAUGACAGUCACCUGUUCCACCAAAGUGUGCUCCUUUGGGAAGCAAGUAGUAGAAAAAGUAGAGACGGAGUAUGCAAGGUUUGAGAAUGGCCGAUUUGUAUAUCGAAUAAACCGUUCCCCAAUGUGUGAAUAUAUGAUCAACUUCAUCCACAAGCUCAAACACUUACCAGAGAAAUAUAUGAUGAACAGUGUUUUGGAAAACUUCACAAUUUUAUUGGUGGUAACAAACAGGGAUACACAAGAAACUCUCCUCUGCAUGGCCUGUGUAUUUGAAGUGUCAAAUAGUGAACAUGGAGCACAACAUCAUAUUUACAGGCUUGUAAAGGACUGAACAUGGUUAUUUAUAUAUAUAGAUAUCUGUAUAUACACACACAUAUGUGCACACACACACACUCUCUCUCAUUCUUGAACGACUGACUGUAAACCUCACCAUACAGGGUGGUGCCCUGUCCCUGAGGUCACCCCAACUUUUCUAAAUCCUGUUUGAGUGAAGUCAUUUUUUCCAUGUGUUCAUAACUAUCAUUGUAGCUGUGAAGUUCUGAUAGAGUUGUAAAAAAGAGAAAUCAAGUCGUUUCUAUGUGUUCUUCAGAUCUGCAGCCCACAGUUCCUCGGGAAAGGUGAACCUUAAACACCAAGUCUCUCUCUGCAGAGACUUGUUUCUUAUUGUGGUAGAAAAUCCUGAGACAGAGCAUUGGCCUUGGAACAUUUACUGCCUUUAUACAAAUGUACUUAGUUCUCUUUUUUCCAACAUAAAAUUCUUGUUUUAAGAUACAAGUAAAAUUAAUCUUUAAAUAUAAAUGUAAAUUAGUACACAAAACUAAGAAUCUUUAGACUUAUCUUUGUAACUAAUUAGGGUGGAAGUUAUGAAAGAAUGUAAUUCACUAAAUUAUUUUUUAAAUGAAACCUUUCUUUCUUUUUGAAACCAAAUGUUAAACUAUAGCCUUAAGAAAUGCUUGGUAGAAAUAUUCUAAUGAGACAAAUUUGUACUUUUUUCCUCAAGGUUAAAAACUAACCUCCUAAUCCAUUAAACUCUUGAACAGGUAUUACAAAGGAAGAAAACUUUACCCCUAUCCUUAACAUAUAUAGUAUAUUUAAAAAUGUAAAAUUGUAUUGUACUAAUGUGAUGAUUGAUUAUUUAAUGAAAAAGAAAAGAUGGCUCUUUUGCAAUAAGUAGAUAAAUACUGAAAAAUCUAAGCUUACAAUGUUUAUAGUCUUGUGUGUGCAGUUAUAUUUUAUAUGGACAACCAAAUUUUUUAUGAAGAUGAGUAAAUAUUUGAACCACUAAAAUUUAAUAGCAAAAGUUUAAAAUUGGCAUGAAUACUGACUGCACUGUGAGCUGCAAAAUAUAGAGAAUCCUGUGGCUGGGAGAAAAAUUUCAUUGACCAAACAAGUAAAAGGCUCAUCAGUUUAGAUCCCUGCUCUGCAGACCACCGUGAGCAUCCUCACCGACUUGUGGAUAAAUUCUUUAUUUCCGGUUACCCAGUACACAUAGGAACCUGCUGUGACUAUAGCUUUGUAUAUGUGGACUACGUAUGUACAUGUACACAGCUUUUCAACUCACAUUGAACGUCUGUUUAGUGUUUCUCAGUUUUCUAGGUGCUGAUGUAUGUGUAUCUCAGUCUGUGUCUGUAGAUGUAGAUACAUUCUGUCUAAGGGUAUCCAUUUCCUUGGCAUCUCUCAGUAAGUUAUAACGCCGUUGUUUGACUUAGGUCAUCUUCUGGCUUUUUCAAACAGGCUCAUUCAGGAGGUUCUCUUUCCAGGAGAAAUUCAACUUUACAAUCCAAAUAUUCCAAAGUGUUGCCUGGGCUUAGUUGGUUUGAUAUGACCACAUGUCUUAGGUAAUUUCCAUAAGUGCUUCACUGGGGAGAGAGGAGGAGCUCAUUUUCCCAGAAGAAAAUGAGGUUUUUGUACCUGUUAGAAAUAUGUGAAUACAGUAGAACACAAAGUAAGAUUUGUAAGUUGUAAAACAUGGCAAGAUUUUUCACCAAGGCUAGAAAGUAAAAAGCUAAGUUCUACCACACCAAGUAACUUACACAUCCCUUCCUUGCCCUGCCAUCUGCUCUGAUCCUCUUGUACAUUAUUCAGCAUCCUGUGGUCAUGAGUGUGGAGUUUGGCUGAUUUAUGUCAAAAAGAACAACUCUGGACCAAGCCUGACCUCUCCCAGGUACAUCCAUUGUCUCUGGGAAGACCAGAGAAUGUGUAAAACUUUCCCAUUUGGAACAUAUCUGCCUUACAUAGGCCAGUAUGACAGUGCUCUUCUUCCUUCCAAAAUUAGACUAUCUUUGUUCCCUGAUUCCAAACUGACCAUUGAAGGACUGCCCUGGUUUUCUGCCCUUCCAUCUGGUCUUCAGACCAAGCAUUUAAGCAUCUUUAACAGUCAUUAAGUUUACAAUAGCUUGUUGAACACCCCUCUUAGGGGAUGUUUCUUUGGCUCCUAUUUCCUCAAGGGAACCCCCACUCUCCCAAUAUCAGGACUGUACAAAAAGGUACAAAUGAUUUCAUAUGGCUAAAGCCAGGCCAUUUUAGAACUUGAGGGGAGAGCUGUCUGGUUCAUGUUCCCACCCAAGAAUAGGGCUUUUCUCUGCUACCAGGAGAGGUAUGGGGAUCCAAGAAGACAGGCUAGAGGGUAACAGUUGGCUGCAGAAAGUACUCCUGGCCUGCUAAUCUCACCAGGUCAGGCUGGACCUUCCUCUUCCUCUGAAUACCUUUACAGGUGGGUUUGGUGAGGAGAGAGGGUUUAUAUGAAUGACCUCGAGGAUUACUUUUUGAUCCUAAAACAUUUUUAAGAUUUUUUUUUAACUUUUAAAGCUUUCCCCUGUCUUAAUCUCUGAUCCAGUUAUCCCAAACUCUUGGGCUUGCUUCUCUUCAUCUCCCAAAUUGGACCCUUAGGGUGGGAGCUGAGUCUGUCUUUGCUCUUUCUUCCUACACAGUUCUUUGUUCUGUCUUCAGACCUUCCUAAACCAUAAGGAAGUUUUUGCCAAGCUCCAUCCUCACUAGACUCUUUUCUGUGCUGUCUUCUGCUAGUCCCCUGUACCACAUUUGUCACUACCAUCUUGUGCUUUCUCUGCGGAGUUUGUAAGGCAGCUUUCCCCAGGAAGGUGCUGAAGAACAGGGCUCUGUUCUGUACCAUUGAAGGACGAGACCCAAAGUAAAUUCAGGACUUCUCAAAACAUGUCCCACGAUCCUCAGUAUGCAGGCUUCCUGAGAUCAGGCUUUCUCAACCUCAGCACUAGUGACAUUCUUUGUUGUGUGGGGCUGUGCUGUGGUGUACUCCCUUCCCCAGUUAUCACAGCUCAUUACAUUACUAAAUGUCCCAGGGGGUGCAAAAUCACCCCCAGUCUAGAAGGAGUGCUCUGCACCUUACAGGUCACAAUAGCACGUUGUAACAGUUCUCUUUCUAAAACCUUCUCUCCUGGGAGACUUUUUUCAGGAUAUCAGGAGGCAGAGAGGAAGAAUAUUCAUCAGAUGACAUUCUAUCUUUGUUUCUCCUGCUUUGAAACUUCUCUUUCACAACAGUCUCUCUUGCUACAAGUAUUCUUUCUUAUGGCUGAGGAAGGUGGAAAGCUAGUCACCAUCAUCCCUGGAAUCAAGUGACACCCGUUUAAAGAACAUUUCUGAUUUGACCUUCAGCUCCUAGUUUGCCAAGUUUUCAAAAAAGAAAAAUCUCAGUACUUUUCAUUACUUCUCAUAAACACAUGGUCCCUUAUCAAACCUUUAGUCAUUUUAGUUUAUUUCCUCUGGGCUGCUUCUACUUUCUGCAUUUCCUUCAAUACCUUUUGUAGAACUUACUGAAUCCUCUGGAGCAUUUCCUUUUCAUCUUUAGGGUUGUGUGGGGAGGGAUCUCUUCCGGAAGAGGACUUCUAAAGAUUUUUGUUCUUAAGCUAAAAGAGAACACAAUCCACUGCCCUUCAUUUUGUGAACAAGAAAGUUGAGGCCAGAGGGGGAUGAGAUGACUUGCCCAAAGUUACCCAGCUGGCUAGUGACAGAAUAAGAGGACUUUUCUAGGGCUCCUAACUCUAAUCUUUGGCCAUUCUUCUGAUGGAGGCCAUUCUUCUUUGGUGCUCUAUGCUUAAAUGAUCCCUAGAAUGCAUGGCCAGGGUCAGUUCAGAAGAGAGGGGGAGACUGAGAGUUCCCUGUUCAGAACCCCAGCAUCACCACGAUGCACCCAGCAGAGUGCUGGGCUGUGGCUGUCUGCAGCCUCCACAAGCACAUAGGAAAGCUGAUGAGCCUUUUCCCUUCUGAGAACAAUUCACCUGCCACGGGGUCCGAAUCAAAUUUCUACUUGCUAAGCAUCCCAGCAGCCAAGUCCUGCCCUUGGACCAGCCAAAAACCAGCCCCUGUUCCAAGCACUUGGUGUUAGAAGUCCCCAAAGACUUAGACCCAAGUCUUCAUGAGGUUUCAAUACUGUGGUGGCUUUAGCCAUUGUUUUUGUACAACUGUAAAUUAUUUAAUCAUGUGAGAUGACAGUUUUACAAACCAGGUACAUAUAAUUUGUCUGAUUUUGUAUAUGCUCUGGUACACUACACCUGUCCUAAGGAAGGGUAGAACUAAUUCUGUUUGUUGGUGUUCACAUCUUUGACAUUAGGAGGACAUCUGCAUUGCUGAUUUCUUUAUGUUCAUGUUUCUGUGGCAAAGCCCUGCACAUGUCAUUUCUGAAAAGCCUUAAAUCUUGGAGAUGUUGCAUGUGGGGUGUGCAGUGCAGACGGCUGCCUCAGAACUGUGAGCCCUUUUGUAAGCUGGAAGCGAUUCUCUUACUGCUGUUACUUUUUUUAGGGAGUUUUCAAUCCAGAGCUGCCAAAGCGUUCCAGUAAGCAGUGCCUUAGUGAUACCUUAGUCAUGCCGCCAGCCUUUUCUCACACCUGUUUUCAGUUCCAUUCACUAAUUGGCCCAAUCUCUGCAACAAGACAAGCAAAAGUUGUUCUCACUUUUGUUUUUUAAAGCCCAUUUUUAUCCAGCUCUAUAGGAAACUGACGACUUGGUCUAAAAUCGGAAACUGAACCCAAGUCAGUUCUUUGACCACACUUUCAAAUGUAUAUACCAAAACAAAAGGUUGCAAUUUUGUAGUUUACUCUGAAAAGCAAAUUGUACUUUUCUCGUUGCCUUUUAAAUUCAUGACCAAAUACUUAGUUAUUUGUGAAACUUCUGCACUCUAGCAUGAAAGUGCCUUUGGUUUGAGAUUCCAGCUUAGAAAAGUGCUGCCAUAAUAACGACAAUUUGUAGAGAGACCAAAAAUAUUUUGAGAUCACCGUAAUGCCUUUGGUUUACCGGGCUGAGUUACCAACCACAGGCCUCUGUUCACAAGAGCACCACGUGGUCCCUGCCUGCAGCUGCAGCGAGUCUGUCUGUCAGUGGGGUCCCCACCCUCCACUCACCCAUAGCACACUACAGCAGGAGGGACCCCGGAAACUGUUGUGUUUGUGUGUGCCAACGAUCCGGCAUGUCAUGUCAGCUUGUCACCCAGCCCUGCAUCGUGUGAAGGAAUUUCCACACAGACAGCGGAAUCUCGGCCGGUGGACAGAGACUACAGCUUUCGCCUUCUCCUCGUGUUCGUGUUCAGUCUCUGGAGACUUUCUUUUCCAUUCAAAUGACAGUGCGCACUUAUCUGCUUUACACGAUGAUACCAUUUCAAAAGUUGGAAGCCUCAAACUGAGAUGACAGUGCAGAGCAAAAUGUGUUAGGGUCAUUAUAAUUGAAGUGUUCUUCUUAGGGCAGAAACUUCGGCUCUGAGUAUUGUGUUUGAAUGUGCCAUGAGAAACUUCCAAAGAGCAUGAUUCGUAAUUUGGCAUUUUCAAAGAGUGUUCCAGCCCUCAGAGGGCCAACUUGUUAUCAUAUGUGUCAGCUUCUAUCAAAACCUUGUAUAAAUUGAGAAAACUGAUAGAGGUAAGGAACAGGAAUAGAAAGGAGAAGGAGGCAAAAAAAAAAAAAAAAAAAAAAAACA